UGCACUGAAGUAUUCUUUUUCUAUGGCUGACUUCAGUUGCACCACCCCCUUUUUACUAUACCCUUCUAUCUUUCUCAUUCUCUUUUUCACUUCCAUCAAUCACCGCUACCAUCUCUACCCUUUUUCUUAUGAUACAUCCAAUCACACUAAGAUUUCCCGAGAAAAUUAUUCCGAUAUCUUAUACUCUCCUACUUCAAGUCCUGCUCAGGAUCUCGAGGUGCAAACUAAGAGCCGGAUUCAGAUUUUGGAGGAAGGGUUGGCAAGUGCAAGAGCGGCGAUACGAGCGGCAUCCCGGUCUCGGAAGAUUACUUCGCACUGGCCAGAGAGUUACGUUCCCAAAGGAUCUGUUUACAGAAACUCGUACGCGUUUCAUCAGAGCCACAUUGAAAUGCAGAAGCGAUUCAGAGUGUGGCCAUACAGGGAAGGAGAGCCACCUCUCUUUCACAAAGGUCCACUGAAUUCUAUAUACGCCAUCGAGGGGCAAUUCAUUGAUGAAUUUGAGAGCGGUGUUUCACCAUUUUUAGCUCGUCACCCUGAAGAAGCUUGUUUUUUCCUCCCCGUCAGCGUCGUGAAUAUUAUAGAGUAUGUUUACAAGCCUUAUAUCGAUUAUUCUCGUAAGCGCCUUCAGAACGUCGUAAAGGACUACAUUGACAUAGUAUCAACCAGAUAUCCCUACUGGAAUAGAAGCAAUGGAGCCGAUCAUUUUCUGAUUUCUUGUCAUGACUGGGCUCCAGAUGUUUCAGCUGCAGAUCCAAAGCUUUUCAAGCAUUUCAUUAGAGUUCUUUGCAAUGCCAACUCCUCUGAAGGAUUCCAGCCUGCAAGAGACGUUUCAUUGCCAGAAAUGUUCCUUCAUAGUGGGAUGCUGGGACAGCCUCAACAGGGCCAACCCCCAAACAGCCGUUCAAUUCUGGCCUUCUUCGCAGGUGGCGAACAUGGGUACGUUAGAAAAAUGCUAUUCAAAUAUUGGAAGCAGAAAGACAAUGAUAUUAGGGUAUACCCAUAUCUCCCCAAAAACCUAAACUACACCGAACUAAUAGGUCAAAGUAAGUUUUGUCUAUGCCCUAGUGGAUAUGAAGUUGCUAGUCCAAGAGUGGUUGAGUCAAUACUUUCCGGUUGUGUUCCGGUGAUAAUUUCGGAUCACUACGUGCUACCGUUCAGCGAUGUCCUAGACUGGAGUAAAUUUUCCGUCUACAUUCCGGUCGCAAAGAUACCUGAUAUCAAAACAAUUCUGGAAGGAAUUUCUGACGAGGAAUAUAUGAAGAAGCAAAGGAGGGUCCUCAUAGUGCAACGACAUUUUGUGCUAAAUCGACCAGCCAAACCAUUUGACAUAAUGCAUAUGGUGAUGCAUUCAGUGUGGCUUAGGAGGCUUAAUCGAAGGUUAGAUUAAUGAAAUAUAUAUUUUUGCAUACUUCUAACAAAUUAAUGUAUAUGAUUAUAUAUCAUUUAGUUUUUGUAAAAUAUAUGGAAUUUAAUUGUUUGCGUGUGCAAC